UCCACUUAAACACCAUCCUCAUUAGUUCUCUGCUCUGUGUUUUCUUGUCUUCCUGCAAAAAAACCAGCAAAAUGGGUCAGAUUAAUCGUGUACUUGUGCUGUCACUCUCAUUAACGCUGUGUUUUUACACUUGUUUUGCUCAGCUUAGCCCAAACCACUAUGCUAGUACCUGCCCCAAUCUUCAAAGCAUCGUUAAAGGUGUUGUUCAGAAGAAAUUUCAACAAACAUUUGUUACAGUUCCUGCUACCCUUCGUCUCUUCUUUCACGAUUGCUUUGUUCAGGGUUGUGAUGCUUCUGUUAUGGUGGCGUCUAGUGGGAAUAACAAAGCAGAGAAGGAUCACCCUGAUAAUCUGUCACUGGCGGGUGAUGGGUUCGACACCGUGAUCAAAGCGAAAGCCGCCGUGGACGCUGUUCCGCAGUGCAGGAACAAGGUUUCGUGUGCUGAUAUUCUCGCCUUGGCUACCCGGGAUGUUGUUGUUCUGGCUGGUGGACCUUCCUACACUGUUGAAUUGGGGAGAUUUGAUGGGCUAGUUUCAAGAGCUUCUGAUGUAAAUGGGAGGCUUCCUGAGCCAAACUUCAACUUGAACCAGCUUAAUUCCCUAUUUGCGUCACAAGGGCUCACCCAAACAGACAUGAUUGCACUCUCAGGUGCACAUACCCUCGGAUUCUCCCACUGCAACAGGUUCUCGAAUAGAAUAUACAGCACCCCAGUGGACCCAACACUCAACAGGAACUACGCAACCCAGUUGCAACAAAUGUGCCCCAAGAAUGUGAACCCCCAGAUCGCCAUCAACAUGGACCCUACGACUCCUCGAACAUUCGACAACAUUUACUACAAGAACCUUCAGCAAGGGAAGGGUCUCUUCACCUCUGAUCAGAUCCUCUUCACGGAUCAACGGUCCAAGGCCACCGUUAAUUCAUUUGCUUCUAACAGCAACACCUUCAAUGCCAACUUCGCGGCGGCCAUGAUCAAAUUGGGUCGCGUCGGAGUUAAGACCGCCAGAAAUGGGAAGAUUCGUACUGAUUGUUCAGUGCUUUAAAUAGCAUGUAUUUUGUGGAGGAAUGUGAGUGAUGGAGAAAAAUUUGCAAGUGGUAGUUAGAUUAUUAUUUGAUGUUAUUAAUCGGUGAGGGAUAUUGAGGUGGCUUGUUUGGAUUUAAUGGGAUGGGAGAAUAAGCUUUAGUUUCUCUUUGGUGUGACGUUUCAAAUAAUUAGAAGUCCUCUGAAUUUAUGAACUCUCCCUGAAUUGUUCAUAAAAAAUGAAUAAGAGAGUGUUACCAGAAAUAUAUAUGAAUGAAUGAAUGGAUUUAUUGUUUGAGCA